AUGUCUACCAACCACCCAGAGUACGCCGAAGACUACACCGAACCUCUCGAGAUCGCUACCAGGGCCGGCGACCUCCAACGCGUUAGGACCAUCAUUAACGAUUGGCGCUCUCACCCAGAACUAGACGAAACGAACCUAGAAGUAUGUAUCCAAACCUGUGCCGACCUUGCCGCGCAGCAUGACCAGCCAGCAAUCCUCCGCUUGCUGCUCGAGAAUGGAGCCGAAGCAUCAACGACGCUGGUUGCUUCAGCGGCGAAGACCGGUACACCAGAAGUAUUUCAGCUACUCUAUGACCACGGUUGGCGACCUGAUCAUGUGGGUACAAGAGAUAGAAUGCUGGUGAUACUACGAGCCGUCAACAAUAGCCCUCUACUGAAAUGGCUGCUCGAUAAAGGCGCAGACCCCAACGCCGUUUCCCUUCACAACCACACGGUCCUCUCGAGUGCAGCAAAUUCCGCCACGCCCGCUGAAAUCGACCUCCUACUUGCCCAUGGCGCAAAGCUACAAGGCAGCAAUGCCCUUCACAGUGCUGUCAGACGCGGAUCCACUCCCAGCGAGGAGCGACUUGAAAUGAUGCAGUACUUACUGGACCUAGGUAUUGAUAUCAACGCCUUGGAGGCCUUGCAUGUGAAGCCGCCCAAGCCGAGAGGGAGAGGGUCAGCCCUUCACGUUGCUGUGAGCGCAGGCAAAGCAGGAAGGGUGAAAUGGCUGCUUGAGCAUGGCGCUGAUGUGAAUGCCAAAGUCGAGGGAGGGAGGACCGCGUUGGAGUGGGCCCAGGAGGGUAAGCAAAAGGAGUGUGCGGAGGUGUUGAGGCAGUAUGGUGCAACGUAG